AUGCAAAAUAAAGACGGUAUACCAUCAACCGAACAAAUUGAAUUAUAUAUUCCAAGAAAAUGUGUGGCAAGUAAUAAAAUAAUUGCAACUAAAGAUCAUGCACUUGUUCAAUUGGAUAUUACUGUAGUUAAUGAACAAACAGGAUGUAUUACAGAAAAAUAUCGUACAUAUGCUUUAUGUGGAUCAAUUCGUAUGAUGGAUGAAGUUGAUGAUUCAAUUGUACGAUUAGCAAUUAAAGAUGAUUUUAUUGGAAAAGAUUAUUUCACCAAAGAAACAAGAUAA